CCGUCUAAGGUUUAUACAACAAGGGAGGAAAAGCAUAUAACGAUCAUUUUAUAGUACAAAGCUGAGCAAACAUAUAUAGACAUUAAUCCAAUACAGUAGAUCCAAUAAAUCUAGAUAUUGACAGAUAUGUAAAAAAAUAAAUAAAUAAAAAUCAAGCAACAGUGUUUAUGAAAUAUGCCGUUUUGUUGAUGGAUGUCGGAUUUUUAUUUAACUUUUUACCUACAAAAGUAGCCUGUAACGAUCAUCUUCAACUUCAUAUUAUAUUAAAAGGCUGAGCAGACAUUUACAGACAUCAAUAUUAAAUAUAAUUUAACUAGACAACUAACUUCACUUUAAAAGAUUAUUUAAAAAAAAAAAAAGCGCGCGAGCAUAGAACGUUGGUGACGGAGGCUGUGUGACGUCACAGUAAGACUCAGUGUAGCGCUCGCGCUCAGAUCAGAUCAGAUCACCUGCAGCUUCAUCAGUCAUUAUUACAUUAUUACACCUUCAUCAAAAUGGUUUGGUUGGUGAAGAAUUUGGUGCGUGCCGUUCAUCAGUCCGAUGAAAAAAUGGAUAAAAAUCCCAAAAAGGAGAAGAAGAAGAAGAAGAGGGUCAAGUUAGCGCUGUGUUCUUCAGUGGAUGUGAUGGACUCGUCCAGUGCAGCUCCUGAAGACCGUGACAAACCACCCUCAUCUUCCUCUUCUUCCUCAUCUUCCUCUUCUUCCUCUUCUUCCUCAGGCAAACGCAGAUUUAAAGGUCUGCGGUGCUUCUUCGGCAGAAUGCUGUCAUUCUGUGGCGUGUCCUCGUCUUCUGAGCAGGAUAAGACGUCUUCCAUCCAGACUCAGAAGACCAGCGACGACUCGAGUGCAGUCGGCAGAUCUUCUGAGGAGCUUCAAGAAGUUGAUCUGCUGACUGCCGACCAGAAGAAAGAAGCAGUCGGAGCAGUAGUUCCUCCUGGUUCCUCCUCAUCUGCAGACGUCAGAUCCUCAGAACAAACAGCGUCUGAGCUGCAGACUGAGAUUCAGGAGACUGAACCCGUCACAGCAGUAGUUGAAGGGACUAAACCUCCUUCUCUCAGUGUUGAUGGUCCUUCAUCUGCAGACAGAGUCUCUGCUCAAGAGUUUUGGGAGACAAAACCCUUCACAGACGCAGCUCUGAGCUUCGAGACCAUUGAUGUUGAGCGUCUUGUAGAAUUGCUGGCCAGUUUCGGAGUCCAGUGGCAUGAUCUGAGCAAGGAUUCACUGAAGGAGCUGCUCAAGUCUUUGGAGGAACAGGAGGAAGCGUCUGAAGAGAAAUCAGCUGAGGAGGAUGAUGCUGAUCAAGCUGUGCUGGGUCUUCCUAAUUUAGGAAACACGUGCUAUAUGAACUCCGUCAUUCAGUGCCUCCUCAGCGUUUCUCCCUUUCGGGAAGAUUUGCUCUCGCAGCAGGAGAAUCACACAGACAGCGCCACGCUGCUCAGAGCGUUAACUGACCUGCACAUGAGCCGGAUGGACAGCAGUGACUCUGAUCUGAAGGAAACACACUUGGCUAAAGUUAAAAGCUACAUAGAAAGUCACUUUCCAGUUUUCAAGGGACGCUGUCAGCAGGAUGCACACGAGUUCUUCAUGGCUUGUCUGUCCCGUCUAAAAGAGGAAAGCAUGAGCUUGAGAUCGUCUCAUCCCUCAUACACUUGCCCCGUGUCCAGUAUGGAGUUCAAGCUCAGAAGCGAGCGCACCUGCAACAGCUGCGGCCUCAUGAAGAGUUUCACAGAGGAAUCAAACUGCCUCUCGCUGGUCAUCGGCCCUCAUGCGAGUCUCACAGACAGUCUGCAGCAGUACAUGAACGCGUCGUUCAUUGAUUGCGUGUGCAGUCUGUGUGGAGGACCACAGGCCUCUGAGACCCUGAAGUUUCUCUCUCUUCCUCGGGUCCUGGUCCUUCUGGUGCAGCGCUUUGACUUCACGUCCUCCAUGAUCAAGCUGAAGAAUCGACUGGAGAUUCCUGAGGAGCUGACGCUGUCCUGCGUUAAAGGAAGAAGCUCCAGUCGUCAUCAGCUCACAGUACAGACUCUCUGCUGUUGUGUCUCAUGCGGGAAGCCAUUUGUUUUUUGGACACUACAUCAGUCAGAUCCGUGAGCGCAGGGAGGACGGAUGGCUGCGGUGCAGCGACGCGUCUGUCAGAAGAAGCAGCUGGAGCGAGGUGUCCGAGGACGCCGGGGACAACGGAUACUUGCUGUUUUACGUCAAGAGGAGUUUCAUCCCAUAAUAUUCAGUGUUCAGUCCUCACUUGUGUUUGGUCAGCUGCUUUGGGAUAAAAACUCUGAACUCCUCCUCACUCUUGUUUCUGCAGCUGAGCAGCGUUUGGUGAGGAACAGAUGAGGAAGACCCCGUCGAGAGGGUCUUGAGAAACCCUCAUGCUCUGGUUUGUCAGUCGGCUGUUUUUGGGGUCAAACUUGCAUCUGUUGGUUUGACGUGAGCGGCACAGAUUCUCGUCUCAUGGCAGCUUUGGGUUUGGGAUGGGAUUUGUUUUUGGACAGUUGGUGGUGUUUCGCCUCUCUUGUCCUUUUGGGGGUUGUUCCAGGGCCAUAAUCACUGAAGACAUUGAGGGGGACAAUAA